GAGGCUGAACGGUUGGUGGUUUAGUUGGUGCCUACUCAUCUGGCUAAAUUCGACCACGUUGCUCCUACUUAGACCCUUGACCUUGAUUCAAAUUCGACAGGCCGCAGCUCGUCACGGGUAAAGAUACGCAUAAUUUCAAUUUUUCCAGAGAGUCAGAUAUGAGUUCAACCCUGAGCCACGACACAGCGGGUCCGCAACCUUUCGUUUAUGACGCUCUCUCAACAUCGUGCAUCAGACUCCUCGAGCGCGCGGGCAGAGAUCCUGAUGGCACAUUGCGGUUCAACAUCCGAGUCUGCAACAUUGAUAGUGAAGACCUACAGUACCAUUGCCUGUCCUAUACCUGGGGAAACCCGCACGCAGAUGGCAUCUACGGACUCGAUCAUUUCAACGCGGUCAAUGCGGAAUACAUGCCCGAGAACGGGGUGCCCGUUCUUGUCAACGGGAAAGUGCUCUAUAUCCAGAAGAACCUCCAUGACGCCUUGAGCACCGUGCCCGGUACAGCGUACGUGGAUGAAUUGAACAGGACGAUUGGGCAGGGCCAAACGUAUCUCCACUUCGCAGCAGGGAAGGGCCUUGCGAAUAUCGUUAAGCGGCGUAUCAGACGGGGAAUGCGGGUGAAUACAGCAGACGAUCGAGGCCGGGGGGCACUUCAUUAUGCUGCGGAAAAUGGACACGCUGACUGUGUCGAGAUCUUAGGCAAGGCCGGGGCAAUAUUGGGAGCAAAGGAUAACCUGGGGAAGGCGGCUAUGGACCUUGCGAUGGCUGGGGGCCACGAUGAAGUUAUCUCGGUGCUUGACAAUCUUUCAGACCGACCUGACUCGGAGUUGCCGACUAUUUCCAAGGAUUCAUUUGGUGCAGACGAUCUCAUCUGGGCGGACGCGAUAUGCAUCAACCAGAACGACAUUGACGAGAAGAGCGCACAGGUGAGCAUGAUGGAUAGGAUUUAUUCACGAGCCACCUUCGUGCUGGCCUGGCUCGGCCCAGACGAUGACGAGGUGGAAGUAGGACUCAAGACACUGAAAACGCUGGCAACACACAUCGACAAGUUCCAGCAGAGCCAGAUCGUGCCUUAUGGCGGACAGGACAAGGAAAACUACGAAGCCGCUGGAAUGCCCAUCAUAUCCUUGCCUGAGUGGAUCGCGUUGGCGGGUAUCUUCCAACGCCAGUGGUUCAAGCGUGCAUGGAUCGUACAAGAAGCCGUUCUGCCGGAUACCCUGCUCAUGUACAUUGGGAAGCGGAAAGUGGCCUGGUAUGAUCUCGGGAUGGUGGCCGAGGCGUUGCGGCGUAACGAAGCCAAGUUAGGGACGUCCCGAUCCAAGAACUUCGUCCAUGAGAGCCAAAUUGGCGUCGCUGUGGAAUGGAACAUGGCCGAGAUGUACAAGUGGCGGACAUUCAUGAGCACAGCAACGGGGCCGGAUGCAGAGAAAGCUCUACUAUACAGGAAGACGUUUACGCUGGAGGAGCUGGUGCACUGCUUCUGGACGUUUCUGGCGUCGAACCCACGGGACAAGGUAUUUUCGCUGCAUGGUAUUAUGAAUGUGUUUGGCGAGAAACGGCAGAAGUCGGACUAUCGACGGUCGGUGGCGAGCGUCUACGCAGAAGCAGCAAGGCAGAUUAUGCUGGAGGCGGGAAGUAUCACUUUGCUCUCGAGCUGCAUUUUCUCUCCUCACCGACGCGAAGACCUGCCGAGUUGGGUCCCGGACUUUGGGUUGCCGGGAGUCAAUGCGAUCCCGAAUCUCUUUGCGGCAGACAAGGGGCUCGAGUACCGGCCACUCAAAGCUGACAGACUUGACAGUCCGAUAUUGGGACUGAGGGGGUUUCGCCUAGGGACGAUUAGCCAGGUUGGAAAUAGGCCGGCCUCAAGACCUGGAGAUAAGUUUCUCUUUGACCCGUCGUGGUUGAAGCUGGCGUUAUCCAUAAAGGCGAGCGAAGCGGAUGGGGAUAGUUCUCGUCUCACAGAUACUCUUUGGAGGACCUUGUGCAUGGACAUGUCCUAUGGGAGUUUCUUCGACGCCCAGAAGUUUGGGCCACGAGCCCCCGACGACUUUGGUCACCAGUUUAAGAUAUUCACCAUGCUUAUGAUUCUUGCCGCGGCAGAUGCGCAGGUACUGAAUCACUUCGGAGUCGACAAACCGCCGGUUGGUGGCCGGGUCUUCAAGGUCAUCCCUGAGCCUUACAACCCUUUCGAAGACGGCAUGGCGACUGUUCUCGACGACCUUGACGCUCUCGCAGCCUGCGACGGCGACGAACGCUGCACGCCUUCGCGCGAAGAGGUCACUGUGCUGUGGGACAGCUUUCAAUACACCGUCUCUCGACUAACACGCGCGAACGCAGACGGCAGCCCAGUUGACGUCUACUUCCCGGCCGACGUCAUGAGCGGCAAGGCGCGAGUGGUGGGCGACGGCCAGAUGGAGAGGGGCAGCCAGCUAUUCAAGAGUUGUUCGAGCUUCGCGACGGCAUUCGACGUGGCAUACGGCGGAAGACAGCUCUUUACGCUGGAGAGCCGGUACUUGGGGACGGGGCCACUGUCGGCCAGGGCUGGGGAUGAGGUGUGGAUCUUGCCGGGGUUGAGCACGCCGGCAGUUCUCAGGGAGACUGUAGAGGAGACUGUGGAGGAGGCAUUGGCCAAAGUGUCGCUCGACGACAAGUGCUCUGCUCGCAGAUAUCACUUUGUAGGCGCCGCGUAUGUGCAUGGGAUCAUGCAUGGCGAAGCGGCCGACGGUUCACAGGGGGAGCAUCUGGAAGAGAUUGAGCUGGUGUAGAGCUGACGCUGACUAAACCGGUUCACCCAGCCAUGCCGACAGGCAGAACAACAACGAGCGAUAAACAAUGGACGGGCAAUUAAUUAAUCUUCAUGGAUGCAUGUUGAUGGGG